GAGAAGGAGUCGAUGAGGGAGGACGCGAGGUGAACGAAUUUGAGAAUUGUUCCAAGGAAAAGCGAAUGAUAUUCUCCCAAAGCUAAAUAUUUAUAUUUACAUUAUUUUAAAUGUACUUUUCAAGUUGUCAGUUACAAAGCUAUAGUAAAAUGUUGUUGACAGAGAGGCUAGGACUGGAGUAGGCUAGACACUUCAACCGCUCGCUCACAGAAACCUUGUUGUUCCGGUGGUCAAUAGAAAGGGAAAGUAAAAGUAUCCACGUACCUUCCCUUACUUGGUAACGUUAACCUGCUACACGAAAACAAUCAGUCAAAUGUAUUUAUAAAGCCACUUUUACAUCAGCCAGCAAAGACUAUGGAUAAGCACAAUUAAGAUACUGCUGUAACUCUAUCUAUUGGCCAUGGCUCAUUUAAAAACAUAUGGGCUGGUCCUUCUCUAUGACCUAGUGCUGUGGGGGGCACUGUGGACUGGGUUAGUGCUACUUGAGUUCUCCAGUAGUGGAGGACUGGUGGGGUUAUGGGCCUUUGGAGCCCUGAGGUGGGCAUUGCACCACUCAAUCACCCUGGUUCUUUCUGAAAGAAAGCCACAGCCAGUGCUGAGGAGAUGGGUGGCAGUGCUCUGCCUCUUACCUCCUGUGUUUGAAAGUGGACGUAUGGUCAUGGUGCCGGCAUCGACUGCCGACGACCUGGGUCUGGUGCCUGGCCCAAGCAUGGUGGUCUUGGCCCUGGUAUCCUCCACUGUGGCCUGCCUGGCGUGGGAGCUGGGCUUCCCUGAUGAUGGAGGGAACCAAGGGAAGGAGAAGAAGAAGAAACCGGAGGCCAGGGCACAGUUGAUGAGGGUGGUGCGAUACUGCAAACCAGACACCCUCUACCUGGCUGCAGCCUUUCUCUUCCUCAGCCUGGCUGUCAUCUGUGAGACGUUUAUCCCUUACUACCAGGGGAAGGUCAUUGAUACACUGAGUGGUCAGUACCAGCACAACAGCUUCAUGUACGCCAUUGGAGGCAUGGGACUCGUCUCACUAGGAAGUGCUCUGUGCUCAGGCCUGCGAGGGGGCUUGUUCAUGUGUAGCCUGUCCAGACUCAACAAGAGGAUGAGACACAUGCUGUUCCACAACCUGGUACAACAGGACAUACCCUUCUUUGAGGAGAACAAACCAGGAAGCCUUGUCUCACGCCUCGGCUAUGAUGUGGACAAGAUGGGACGCUCUGUGGCUCUGAACAGUAAUGUGCUGGUGCGCAGCCUGUUGAAGACGGCUGGUAUGCUGUUCCUGAUGCUGGGCCUGUCCUGGCAGCUCACCCUGCUCACCAUGGUGGAGAUGCCCCUCCUCACCCUGCUGCAGACCAAAUAUAACACAUACAACCAGGAGUUCAUUAAGCAGCUGCAGGACUGCCAGGCCCAGAUCAAGGAGCUGGCAUCCCAGGCCAUUGGGGCGGUGAGAACGGUUCGCAGCUUCAAAGCUGAGGAGAAAGAGCAAGAUAGGUACAACCAAGCACUGGAGAGGAUGUACAAGGUCCAGGAGCACAAGGGCAUCAUCAGUGCCGUCCACCUUUUACUGAGAAAGGUGGUGACAGUGGGCCUAAAGGUGGCUAUGCUGUUCCUGUGUCGGAGGCUCAUCUCGGCUGGCCAGCUGAGCAUUGGCAGUGUGCUGGCUUUUGUCCUCUUCCAGAAAGACAUGGUGACCGAUAUGAAGCAACUUGUGAAUGUCUUUGGAGAGAUGCUGUGCACUGUCGGGGCGGCAGCCAAAGUGUUCACAUUUCUGGACAGGAGGCCAGACCAGAAAGAAGCAGGAGAGCUGGCUCCUGCAAAGCUUCAGGGGAAACUUGCUUUCCACCAUGUUAGCUUCUACUAUCCCUCAUGCCAAAAUACACCCGCACUGAAGGCUGUGAGUCUGGAACUGCAUCCGGGGAAGAUGACAGCGCUGGUGGGGCCCUCUGGUGGCGGGAAGAGCUCCUGCGUCAGCCUGCUGGCGAGGUUGUAUGAGCCCAAGGAGGGCCAGGUGCUGUUGGAUGGACAUCCCCUGCACUGCUACCAGCACCAGUACCUGCAUCAGAAGAUGGCCCUGGUGUCCCAGGAACCAGUGCUCUUCUCUGGAUCUAUCAGACACAACAUAGAGUACGGCCUCGUGGGAUGCACCCUGGAGAAGGUGAAAGAGGCUGCGAAGAGCGCCAAUAUCCACGACUUUAUUUGUACGCUGGAACAGGGCUACGACACAGAUGUAGGUGAGUGUGGAGGGCAGCUGUCUUCUGGACAGAAGCAGUGCAUCGCCAUAGCCAGAGCUCUGGUUCGAGAGCCACAGGUCCUAAUUCUGGACGAGGCAACCAGUGGCAUGGACAUCAACACACAGCAUGCGGUGCAGGGCGUCCUGGCAGGCUCAGUGGGCCUGACAGUGUUGGUGGUGGCCCACCGGCUGCAGACUGUGGAGAAGGCUGACCACAUCAUCUUCAUGGAGGGUGGGGAGGUGGUUGAGCAGGGCACACACCAGGAGCUCAUGGCUUGCAAGGGGCGCUACCGUCGGCUCAAAGAGAAACUCUUUGAGGACUGAUUAGGAAUCACACAGCUGUCGGAGAGAGAGACCCACACAGAAUACUUCCAUUUCUGAAAAGUGAAAAUGUUGAUUGAACUGCACACUAUCAUGAGGCAUGUUUCCAUAGACACAGGUUUAUUCGACAAAAGCAAUGCCGCAAAAAAUAAUCUUUGUUGGUCUGACGUCAUUACGUAAUCGACACAACUACAUGGUUGUUAAAAAAACGACCAACUAAGCAUAUCCAAAAUUAACCGUGUUAUCUAUGGUUAAAUGGAUACGCGCCAUAAGCAGGCAAUUGUCGCAUCUAUUCUCUAUUCAAACUUUCUAAAUGUCGACAAAAAAAAAAAUCACCGGGCAAGUUAAUAGAAACAUAGCUAAUGAUACUCAAUGAUCAGACCUGAAUAUGACGCAUGUUAAUAGUUUUUUUUACUGCAAGAAAUCCACAUAUAUCUAUUUUCCUUGCUUUGAUUCACAAUCAAAUAAAAAUGUGAUGUUUUUUUUCAGUGGCACUGAAAUGUUAAAAUUAAAGAACAAGUUUGUGAACACUGAAAAUUAGUUUUAAAAAUGUAUAUAUAUAAUAAACAUCUUUGAAAAUGAGUGCAAAAGUGAUCCGUGUUCGGUUCGUUCAAUCAAUAUCUGAACAUAAACAACUAAGAAGGAUAAUCAUUUAGAUUGCAUAAAUGUAUUUUCCUUAUGUCAUCCAUAAUAUUGAAUUAAUGCACAGCGAUAGAGGAACUGCAAAAGGAUACGUGUGCUAGCUGUUUUCAGAGUCAAAUCUACAGUAUGUGACUAUCUGAUGUUACCUGACCCAUCGCUCCAGCUAACUAGCUUUUGCCAGGUUAGUUAAAAAUAAGGGCCACCAGCAAGUAAUUUAGUAAGUUAGCUGCCUUCAAUGCUUGUUGGCUUUACUGGCAGACAAGAGAAGGAGCUUAUAUUAAAAGGCUAAAUCUAGCUAGCAACAGUGGGGACCUAUCAUUCACACGUCAUUCACAUAUAUAGAUUAUUUAGAAUUUUUUGUUUUGCAUGUUAUUUUGGCAUGAGUACGUGUCACAUAUCAGUUUGCAAACAAUGUAAAAAAUAUAUAUAAUUGAGUUAACAAAAAAGCGACCAUGUUUGUAUGCAGCUUUAUUUUCUUGAGUAAGGCAGCUCCAAUGCAGGUGUUUCAGCCUAGCUCAAUGCUUUCUGUGGUGGUGGGGCAAGCCAGCAGAAAAUACAGAGCGCUGCGGCGUGAUUGGUUCAGUGUUCUGUCACUCAUGGGGACACUACGUCACUGCCAAGUCCAAGGGUAGAGUUCUAAAAUUCCAGCCCCUUGGGUGCUGCCAUAGAGUUACAUUAGAAGUGCCCAUCCAAGAAGGCUCAAGGUUAUUGGCCACAGAUAAAAUGACGUCAAAUCACAUUAUAUCAACAGUAGCUUUGAUUGGACUGAAAAAUCUUAACUAGCAGUCAUCAUCAUGAAUCAAGUUGACAAUCUACUGGCAAAUCCUGUUUAAUCCUUGUCGUAUGAAGAGAAAUUGUAGAUCAAACGUAUCGGUUCUCAUCGGCCAUUGGACAUUACACACCAAGUUGGAAAUUGCAAAUUCAAAAAUGAGUGGUUUGGAAGGAAUCAUUGGCUAAAUGCAAGCAUUGCAAAGCAAUCGUUAGCCUGCUAUUCAGUGGAGUGGCUGUGUGGUCCCAAGUCUAAGAUUAAGGGUCUCUUUUCCUAGUUGAAAAUUAUAAACAUUCAACAUUGGCCAUGCUGUCAAUUAAGCAUUAUUUAUGCCGCGCUCAAAGCAACUGUUAACUGCAAAGUAUAGUGCAAUUAAUGUAUUGUUUAGUGUUGUGUUGUGUAGUGGCUUUGCUGGCAUGCAUCCCACUUUUUUUUGUUGCCCAACCAAGAUUGACAUGCUAAAAUCACCACUGGCUAGUGUUAUAUAAAUAAUCUAAUAUAAAGCGUUACUAGCAGACCAAAGCUCUGGUUAAACCGGAUGCCCUCAGAUAACUCUGGGCCCAGUGUCUUCAGCCAAGUCUAGAGCCUGUGUGCAAUAACAUGAUUAUCCGAAGGACACACAGCUGCCAUAACGCAAAUAUUACUCCCCUGUAAAACUACAAAGAGCAUCCUGCAACACUAACGAGCUUAGAAGUGCCAAGCUAUCUCACUGACAUUGAACCCUGCAUGCACUCCUGCAAAGACAGGAAGCACCUGAGCCUAAAGCAGACAUUACCAAUAUCCACGCUUACUGGACACACACAUCUCACAAAGCACUGUACACUCACACUCUACCCCCCCUACUGUUCGGGUGCCAAGAGCAAAGGACUUUGCUGUGCACCAAUGGGGCCCGCUCUGGCUAGAGCAAGGCCCGCCUCCAACUCUUCAGGACCAGUCAGAAGACCAACACGACAAGACUCCACCUACAUAUUCCAUGUAUAAAAUCUGUUGUGACCAAUAUCUAAGUCUCUUUUUCACCUGACUCCUUACUGGGUUAUAUGAACUAGAUCCGUGCACGUUAAACUGCGGGACAAGAUAUAUUUGAUCAAUAAACGGCCUUUUUGAUACACCUGA